CGAGCCCAUCGUGGAGAGCGUGGAGCAAUCGGACGCCGAUGCCGAAUUGGAGGAUGCCCAGAGCGGGGCGGAGUCAGUCCACGACGCGAGCGGGACGCCUGCCGAUGGAAACGAGGCGCUGAAAGAGCCUGUGGAAGGGAGCGGAGAGGAGGAUGUGCAGCUUGUGGCGGUGGAAGAACUGGUGGAGGAGAGCGCGGAGGAAGCAGAAGGGGUCGUCCAGCCCGUAGCCCCGUCGCCGCACAGAGGGACACGGGGCAGAAAGCGCCCCACCACCGGCAUAAUGGACUCCAACGACGAAUACUCUGACGAUGAGGAUCGCCGGGAGAAACUGCGUUCGGAGAUGUUGGAGGCAGCAGAAGACGACUCGGACAAGGAUCGGCUGUAUUCCGAUGCCGAUGAUGAAUCUUCGUCUUCGGAGUCCUCCUCGGAUGAAGAUGUACGCAAGAAGAAGAAGAAGAAGAAGGUGGUCAUCCGUAAACGCGCGUUGGGAGAAGGAUUGCCAAGCGGAAUCCGCCGGGAAUUCUGCUAGCGUUUCGCGUUUCCAUGGGCCCGCAGUGCAGGACAAUGAGUUAGAUGAUCCGAUUGAUGAUAUGGAGGUGGAGGAGGAGGAUGCGGAUGAAGAGGAAGCGCCCCUCAUGAUAAGGAUUGGGAAGUUUGUAUCAACAGCGUUCAAUAACCCCAAUGCCGAGGCGAUCGGAGACGCACCAGCAGACGAGCAACGGGACAUCUCGGUCGACUACGAUGGCGCCGAUGAUGAUGAACCGCCUCCAGCAUCUUCGUCCCGUGCGAAGCAGCGCAAGCGCCCUCCACCAGCCAAGCAGGGAAAGAAGCCACGAGCUCGUCCUGGGGUGAAGGCACUGAAAGAAAUUAAGCAGCAGCAGAAAAUGACCAGCCUGAUCAUCCGCAAAACUCCGUUCCAGCGCCUGGUCCGAGAAAUCUCCCAGGAAAUUAAGGAAGACUUCCGUUGGAACGCGGCGGCUAUAUAUGCCUUACAACAGUCGGGCGAGCAUUUCCUGAUUGAUAUGUUCGAGAAAUGCAUGAAGGCCGCCCUCCACGCCAAUCGCGUCACGAUCGACAAGCGGGACAGAGCGCUGGUGUCGUUUUUGACCGACCAAUUCAAGCUGCCCCCUGCAGAACCCCCUGCUGCACGACCACCUCCACGCGCCCGUGAAAACCCACCGCCGUCUGCUGCACGCCCUGCUCCACGCAGCCGCAAAACCGCACAGCCGCCGUCUGCACCUCAGCCUUCUGCCGUACCCGCUGACUCCGCUCCGGCUCCUGAACAACAGCCCUCCGUGUCUGCCCCUGCCGCUGCUCCGUCUGUCGAUGCCACCGCGGCCACUGCUUCCACUAGCCGGGAAAACGAGCCUCGGGAGGAUCACGGUAGCUCGCGUUUGAACCAGCCACGCUGCUCUCCGCGCCGUAGCCACCCGACUGAGAAGUAGCGGAUGGUGUGUGUGUGUGUGUGUUCUUGUGUGUGGGUGUUUUUCUUCUCUGCAGCUGUUAUUGAUGGUUUUUUAUUUCAUUUCAUGUAUGUCCCAUGUCUGAACACUGGAUUUUGAUUGUUUUUGUUCGAGAUUCAUCGCGGGUAGGUAUUAUGAUCACACAAUCCCAUUUUUUUCUUUUAUGCGUAUAUUUUCUGGUACGUGUAACUACGUAUGCAAUCUGUAUUUUUAAUGAAACUGCGUAAGGUACGGAACUUGGAUGUGUGCCGUCACUUUUUACACUUUCAAACUACAAAUGCGAUGCGUUCAAUAAAAUAC